AUGGCAGAGUUUUUCACAGGAGCGCUGAUGCCAAACUGCCAAUCCACCCCGAAGCCGGGCCGUAACCCGGGGAAACCAUCUGGCAACCCGGGGAAACCAUCUGGCAAGCUGUGUUAUACUCGAGUUAUUUCUUCUCCUCUUAGUAGUGAGGACUCGGGUGCCGUGCUGGACAUCUCCACUAUCACAGAGGGAGGUCAGUGCCUCGGAGGUGAGACUCCAUUUGGAGAGACUUCUGAGACCGGAUGCACCUCCUUCCCUUUCAGCUCAAAGAUAAAGGAGAUUGAAAAAAAAGCCCAGGACCUCAUCGACAGGAUUCCCCAAAACCGUGAUAAGGAUCAAGAAAUUAUCAAUACUUUUGAAAGCAAACUAUUGAGCAAGGUGAGCGAGGCGUGCCAGCAGGUGAAAGAUCAGCUGUUCACGAGCUACGAGGAACAUGGUCACGAGAUGGAGGCAAGUCUACAGGAGUUGUCUGAGGUGCUGGAGAGGAGCAGCCAGCUCAGCUCAGAGCUGCAGGGAGUCAGUCAGACCCUAUUGGCUAUCAACACAGGCUUACUGCAGACACCAGGGCAAUCAGAGAGAUACUAGAAGAGAGAGGGAAUCGGCUAUUAUAAGCCUUUCUGCGAUAACUGAUGAUCCAGCUUGUUGGAAGUGCUUAUUAUUAUAUGUGCAUUAUAUGUUUUUGCCAUCUUUGUGUAGAUAAGAGAGUGUCAGUUGGACUCUCAGCUUGUAAUGUAUAUGAGUAUGUGCAAUGGCAUUAGUUGAAUAUCAGAACCACAUGAAAACUGUUACGCUUCAAGCAAAUCUGACAAUAUUGACAUUAACUUUGUUCAUAGAAUGGUUUUUCAUUCUGACUCAUCAUUGUGGCCCCGUUUGGCCCUCGCUGUUACCUUUUUGACAUU